AAGUUACAUCGUACGAUCGUAAUAUGUGAAUUGAAGUGAGUUAGUGGAUAAAACCAGCCCAAAAUUCAUAAUCAUGGAUCGAGGAGGUUAUGCAGAAGAAGGCGCCAGGGGUGCCUAGCAGUUCCAUAAACCAACAUCCUCAACCGACUGCCAGCUCCCAAGUGACGAGGAAAGGGUUUUCGGCGAAUUUCUUCAGGACUACAUUCAGCUCUCGUGUGAAGGCGGUACCGACCGCUUCUUCAACUACUCUCCAAGAAACCAUCAAAAUAGGCAGCGCGGAGACCAAACCUAUAACUAGAAAUAGACCAAGGACAGUACCCCCGCCGCCGCCGGAACAAUCAACACUAAAACGGAGUACAUUUCGUACUAAGACAGCUUCUAGGCGACUUGAAAAGCCUAGUGUUCCGGAGAGGCCAUUGGCCCGAGGUCAGCUGACUCCCGAUCCUGGGGGAUCCGAGAAAGAAGACUUGAAAAGUCCCAAUGUAGUCCUGCAAAUAGUCAGACAAUCGAGCAAACCGCUAGCGGCAAAACCUCAAAAAUUAGAAAAAAGUGACAGCAUUUUACCGCCAUCUUUAAAACCUCGAGCUCCGGAAAAACCUAAACCAAAAAUCAAAACCAUCAACAACAAUAAUGUCUGGACUAAUGCAAACGAUACGAAAAUUGUUGGAAAGAAACUGCUGGUGCAAUCCUUAAGAGGACCAAGCCAAGGGAAGCAAGAACCCGCACUGAAAGGCGCUCCUUCUGUUUCAAGCCUCGAUUCUAAGCAUCAUAAGGUUGCGCCAACGAGGGACAAGACUUUAAAGAUCUUCGGGUCGAAAGAGAAGCUUCAUAAGGCGCAUAAGAAGAAUUUAGGGAACAAUAAUGCCGUAGUGGAAGAGGGGGAGGGGGAGUUUGAAGAUGCGCGGGGGCCGUAUGAUAGCGCUGAGGAGCUGUCGCGGGGGUCGCAGGAGUGCGUGAGCUUGCCGGUGAUGCUGAAUGCGGAGAUGCCGGGCUUCCAGGAGGUGGAGCUGCGACCGAGAUUGCCGUCUGAGGCAUCACUAGCGUCAGGCGCUCGAGAACUGGAAACGCUUCGUCGGGAACUGGAAGCAAUUGUCAUGGAACGCGCUCAACUCCAAGCAAGGGUCGAGGAGUUGGUCGAAAGAUGCAGCGAGACAGAACGGCUACGCUCCCAGCUGGAAAGACUCAAGAUGGCAGAAGCGGAGCGGGAAGCGGCGAUGGAGCGUUUAGCGGACGAGAACGGUGCGUUGCGCGCGCGGCUGCGCGGCGUGGCGCACUCGCCGCUGUCAGACAGCGAGAAGAGACAGCUGCUGUUAGCGCCGGCGCCGAGGAGGAUGCACUCAUCGGCGCCUGCGUCUAUUGCUCUCGCACACAACGGUGAGGGCGAUAGCGGGGACGCGAGCACCCCCGAAUGGGACAAACAUUCUUCUUCAUCGCUCAGCGAGGUGUCGGUCGCCUGCCUUCAAGAUCGCAUUCUGCAGAUGGAAGAGCACCACUAUAGUACAAGCGAAGAGCUCCAAGCGACACUAGCAGAACUAGCUGACUUACAGACACAGUUGGCCGACGCGCACGCCGACAACGAGCGGCUGGCCGACGAGAAGCAAGUGCUGCUCGAGUCGCUGUGUCGGCAGACCGAGAAGUUGGAGGACAGUCGCACUAAGGUGGACACUCUUCAGGAAAUGCUGCUUCGCGAAGGCGUGGAACCCGAGGCCCUGGUUUCUGGAGACACCGACCAGCAACUGCUGGCUGUUCUGAAGGUGUCCCAGGAAGAGCGUAGACUGCUAAUAGCCAAACAAGAGCAGCUGGAAGCAGAGUUAUCCGAAACGAAGACGUCCCUGGACGAGAAAACCAAAGAAAACGAAACGCUUGCUGAAAGAGUUAGAACGUUAGAAAGCACAGUGGAACGUUGCGAGGCAGAACGAUUACAGUGGGAGCACGAGGCGGGCGCGGCGCGCGAGCUGGCCGGCGCGAGGCAGAUACAGCUCACGUCGCUCGGGGAACUGCUGGAGCAGGCUAAAGCUAAGUUGGCCGAGCGCGCCGGCGCGGCAGAAGGCUGCGCGGAGGCGGAGGCGGCGGCGGCGGCGGCGCGGCGCGAGGCGGACGCCGCGGCGGCGCGCGCGCACAAGCUGCACGAGCGCCUCGCGCACGCGCAGAGGCAACUAGAUCGUGCGCACAGCGACGCUAGAAAACUGCACGACGACGCGCUGGUAUCCCGCAAUAAUGCUAAGUCCACGAUCUCAGAGCUGGAAUUCCAGCUAGAACAGCUACGGCAGGAGAAAGCGGCGCUUCAAGCCGAGCUUCAGACUGCUCAGGACGCCACUGCUGAAUUACAAAUACAGGUCCAAGUAGCGAGCGACGAGAAACUAGCGUUAAUGAGCAGAGCGGGUGAAGCGUUGGCGCAUGCGGCCGAAGUUGAGAGGCAGCUCACGGACGCCCGGGCACGGAACGCGCAGCUCGCGAGAGAAAGAGAAAGAGACGAAGCGGAAUGGAAGCAGUUCCAGUCGGACCUGCUGAUGACGGUGCGCGUGGCCAACGACUUCAAGACGGAGGCGCAGCGCGAGCUGGAGCGGCUCGUGUCCGACAACAAGGCCGCCCGCGACCGGAUACGGGCGCUCGAGGACCAGAUACAUUCGCUCAAAGGUGUUGACAGAUCAGUCUCGAUGGAUAGCGUCAUCUACUCAGAUGACGACAAAUCUAGCGAGUUCAGAGACUCCCAAAGCGAUAUAUCUAACAAAGACAUAUUCAGUAAUAUCAGAACGAGGUAUCUAUCCAGAGUACAUAGCGUGUCUGACUCUAGUUUGAAAGAUACGAGCAUAGUCAAUCAGGCGUUCUAUAAAUCCAGUGUUCCCGAGGCAAAGAAUGAAGGAAUCAAAAUUGAAAUUGACAAUGUUACGACAGAUGAAACAAAUGAUGAAGAUAAAGGAUAUAUACACGAAAACGACACAUUUAAAAAUGCUGAAGAUAUAAAAGAUAGAAAGCUAAAGAGGCAAGAUGCUGUUGAUGCGGCUGUUGAUAAAAUUAACAAGCAAGGCGCUAUUGAUAUUGCUGCUGAAAAGGUAAAAAGGCAAGACGGGUUUGAUAAUGCAGAUGAGCCAGAAAUAUUUGAAGAAUUUAUAGUUCCUAUUGUUGCUAAUGAUAAUCCCAAAGAUAAGACCAAAUCUGAAUCCUUUGAAGUUAAACCUAGAGAUGGUACUAUUUUUAGUACAAACCUAAGAGGCGUUUAUAAUGGUAAACCAAAAGCUUACAGUCUAGAUAAUAUACAUAAUCAUGGCGCAUUUAGAACAUCAUUAAAAGAGGCUACUAGUAUAGAGUUUUUAGGUGCUAAUAAUUAUAGUGAGACAUCACUAUUUACUGAAGGCUCUGAUAGCGUGUUCCUUUCACCUCUCGAGAAAAACAAUACAUUUGUAAGUGAUCACGUAGACCAAACACCGGAACCUAAAAAAUUUAAGGUCUUAGAUAAAACAGUAGAUAAGGAAAGUAACAAUAAUAUACCAGUCGUCAAAGCAGCAUCUAUUCUUCCUUUCCCAUAUCCUAAUGAUAUAAAAACAUCUCCAACCAAUCCGUUUGUGCCAUUUAUUCAAGACGUUAUCCCCAAAGUAACUGAAGUUAAAGAAAAGAAUAUCGCUAACAAAUCAGAUCCCAUUUCAGAUCCAAAAAUAGUUCCUGAAGACCCUGUUGCAAAAGAGUUUAAGAAAGCUAAUGAUGACCUUAAAUUGACGUUUCGCUCGGCGAUUGAACGAAUUAUUAAAAAUGGUAGAACAGCGAAAAGGCCUUCGAAGGAUAUAGACACAGAUAAACAUGUACAAAUUAUUGCCGCUGUUAGUAAGAAUACAGGAAAAGCAGAUAAUCAGAGGUGUGACUCUCCAGAAAUAGUUAAAAUUGAGUUAAACAACAAUACGCAUGAAAAGGAAAGGGAUUUUGAUAUGAUAGAUUCAAAUGUGCAAAACACAUCUGAACUUGUCGAAACAAAAUGUUCUAAAAAUAAAAACCCAUUUAUAGAAGUUACAAAUGAGUCAGUCCCAAAUAAUUCUGAGCUUGUAGCAACAGUUGAUGAUAAUAUCAGUUACCAUUUAAAAAUAAACACUCUUAGUGAUACUUCUUUUGAAAAAGCUCCAGACACUACUGUCGCUUGUAAAAGUAAUCCUACUUUUGAAAAUAAGCAUCAAAGAAUUAAAGGCUUCUUAACUCCGAUAAAAAUUGUCGACGGUAAUAUUAGUUUGCAAAGCAGUAAUGCGUCAUCCCCAAUCGUCAUAAGUCCAGUCUUAAUACAACCAAUCUUCUUUAGACCAAAUGUCACGCCUGUAGAAGUUAAACAAGAAAGCAAAAAAGCAACAAUUUAUUUCGAUGAUACAGACCAAGUUCGGGCUAAUGAGGAAAAGGCUCCUAAAAGUCCAUUAAAGGGCGAUGACAGUCAAAAGAAAAAGGGACUAUAUCAAAAGAAUUCAAAGUCAAAAUUGCCUUUUCUGUCUUGGAAAACGUUUGGAUCAAAUGAAAGCAUAUCAGACUCUAAAUUAUCCCCGACCAAAGUCAAACCUUCUGAAGUUAAAAGCGUCGCUAAGUUGCCGAUAAAGCCAAAUUUUCUUAUUGACAAUAAAUAUUAUCAGCCAGUACAGAAUGUUCCAUUUCGCAUCAAUACUUCUCAGUCUCUGGCUUCAACUAUUACUAGAGUAGAACCUAAGAGAACAGAGAAUACCAAUCCAUUCUUACCACUGUCACAUCGAAGACAGUCGUCCGAACUGUCAACAGAAAACUAUUACGAGGAAAUAGGAGAACCAACCACACCAAUUAUUGUUGAAAAUAACGUUGCUGACGAUGACAAAAUCAACAAAAACCUUGCCAAAACCGAGCUAGCUAACAUCCCAAGAGAAGACAUAUUAGUUGUACCAAGAAGACCUAAAAGACCUAAGAAAGAGAAGCGUGUCAAUCCAAAAAUAAUACUUACACAAGAAAACGAGGAACUUACUGAUAUUCGUAAGGAGAUGGCUCAAAUAACCAAAUCUGUAAUAUCGCUAUCCCGAUCACCAAGUGCAAAAGAAUUGACUAAAAAACAGCCUAUCAGUCCUAUAAGUGAAAUUGUUCAUAACCUAGAAAAAGCCCCAGCGUCUGACGCUGCUAGAAAGCUAUCUUUACAAGGUCAGAAAGCGCCCACAAUUGAGCCUAACUUCGGUUCUUUGCCUCGCGAAAAAAAGAUGUACCACUGGAAGACACUGGAGCAUAAAAGACUGUCGCACCCGAUCAGGUCUCUGAAUGACCCGCUGCCGGCGCGCCCGCUACCGAUGCCGCCCAGAACCGAGGAGCCUCCGCCUCCCCCGCCGCUGCUGACCAGCGCUUCGCUGCAGGACAUCAUGGCGACCGCCGCGUCACACCGGCGGACCAAAGGCGUGUCUCGCCAAGACUCCCGGCUUUCGGUGAAGUCGCUCAUCGAGAGCAUAGAGAACGCGGCUAAAGCGGCCAAGCAGUCGCCAGCCACAACCCCGGUUACUGAGUGGCCUACGGUCCCCCCACCGCCGGCAGCAGCGCCCGCGCCCCCGGCCCAGAACGGGCUCCCGGAGCCGGCGCCCGCCCCCGCCGCCGCCCCCGGCCUCGGCUACGCCAAGCCCCCCGCGCCGCGCGCCGCCCGCGUCUCGCCCGUCUCCACCGAGGGCGCGGCGAGCGCCAACAUCCCGGACGAGCAGCGCGCGCUGUCGCUGCAGCAGAAGGCCAUCGAGAGCUUCGUGCGACGGAACAGCUACGGGGACAUAUGUGAACGAAAGGACCCGCUGAACGCGCUGCAAGUGAAGAACGGCGGUUCCAAGAGGAACGCGCUGCUCAAGUGGUGCCAACAGAAGACGGCCGGAUAUAGUAACAUCGACAUCACUAAUUUCAGUUCAUCGUGGAACGACGGCAUGGCGUUAUGCGCCUUGCUCCACUCUUACCUCGGCGAAGCGCGCAUCCCUUACGCGGCGCUAUCACCGCACGACCAGCGCACCAACUUCAGCGUGGCCUGUGCGGCCGCUGAGGCCGUCGGCAUACCCACCACGCUGAACAUCCAAGACAUGAUCCAGCAGGAGCGCCCCGACUGGCAGCAGGUCAUGGCCUACGUGACCAGCAUCUACAAACACUUCGAAACGUAACUUAACACCUUAUUCCUUACACAAUAGAAUUCAUAAUCAUUCAACACACUACGCGGAGUUGUGACUUUUUAGACACGUACAUCAUUACAAGUACAGUUAGACCAAGAUAAGUCUGCAGCGAUUUUGACAACCCAGACUAUGCAAGUGUUAUUUUAAAUUGUCACACCAAUGAAACUAUGACGUAUAAAUUAAAUACACAUCACAGUCUGUCCUGUCAAAAUAGUUGCAGAGUUAUCUUAGUUAACUCUAUCUUAUGUACAGAAACUUCGAAAUGCAACUUUAUACCAUAAGACUAUUGAUUUAGAGCUUAUAUCCGGUCGCUUCAUUACCAUUUUAGGUGUCAUAACAAAAAAUACGAGGUCUUGUCAGAGGUAGGUAAACCAGUCGUAUACUGGAUAAAACUCUGUAGUGAAAAUGUUUAGAGUCGUGUAUUUC